AUGCAAACUGAGGUGGGGUAUCGGAGUUGGCGAAGCAGCUCCGCCGAUGGAGGGAUAGCCAGCAGGAAGGGCUGCGUCGGCGAUCUCUUUUCUUUUCUGGUUCGAUCGGUAUCCACUCACGAAGGGGGAGAAAGGACUUCGGUCCUCUGUCUUUGUCUGCUCGAGAAGAGGAACUUGGUGGGAAGCAGUCACAAGGGUGGUUCUGUGGUGCUCGUGGAUCGCUGCUUCUUCUUCUCCGGUGAACUAUGCCAACAGGGGAAUUCAUGGGUGUUUGUUUCUUGUGUUCUUGACUGGGAACGAAUGCAGAUGUGUGUUGACGCAAGCCUUCUUCUAGCCAGCUCACACCAGACCAUCUCGCCGGAACAAUCCGUGUCACCGGCCUCCAUGGUGGUGUCGACUGUUUUGGUGGUUUUUCAAGUGAAUUUUGAUCAGAUAAGGAAAGAACUACCUGAGAUAAACUGGAGGCAGGGAGGAGAACCGGUGAGGGCCGCUGCUCCUUCUUCUUCUGUGAACUGUGCCGACAGGGCUUGCUUAGGAUCGCGGGUUGCUUCAACUGGCCAUGGCGGUGAUUGGGUCGGUCUAUCAUCAAAAAUAGAAGGAAGAAGAGAGGUUGGUUGGAGAUGGCAACAACUUCGGUUCAUGUUGGAAGGAGUCGACAGAUGGAAACGAUCAACGGCGGCGGCAGGUGGAGGACCGACAGAAACGAGGCAGCUGCGAAGGGUUGUUGUCGUGGACAGGAAGGAGUCGACAGAUGGAUGA